AUGGAGCAACAAGCGAAAGCGCCCCCGGAUAUCAAGAAGAUCGCCCAGUUUUUGCGGGGUGGAGGGGCAGGGAUGAAGGUUCGCGUCGGGGCACUUAACGGGAAACGUCUGGACUACUUCAAGGGCAAGUCGGCCGUUAAGGCUCUGCUGUCGCCUGCCUUCGCCAAAGUCAAAGGCGCACCAAAAGUAACGUCAGAGACCGAGGCGCAAACGAUCCUGCAGGCGGUCAACGCCUUCGCUUUCUUCCUCCGUGUACAACGUGGCGGCCCGACCGGGUCAUCGUCGUCAUCACCCAAAGCCCUCCAAAUCAUUCCUGAGCAAAUGUUUGCCCCAGACGAGUAUUACGCCUGGUUCUAUGAAGGUUCACAAUGGACGACAUAUGCUGGUGGAAUCCUGAUGGUGGCCAUUAUGCUCGCUGGCGUGAUGUUCCCGCUGUGGCCGCCCAUUAUGCGUCUCGGCGUAUGGUAUCUAAGUAUUGGGAUGCUUGGUCUUAUUGGUCUAUUCUUCGCCAUCGCUAUCGUUCGACUCAUAUUCUACAUCAUCACACUCAUUGUCGCAAGUCCCGGAAUCUGGAUAUUCCCUCAACUGUUCGCCGACGUUGGCUUUGUCGAGUCAUUUAUUCCUUUGUGGGAAUGGGACCUCCCCAAGAAGAAAUCGAAAAAGAAGAAGGGCGACAAAAAAGAGAAGGAGAAGGGCAAGUCCUCAGCUCAAAAGCACAAGGAAAACGGCGGCGCCUUUAUCGAAGAGGUGGACGACUCAGAGCAAUCGCGGCCACACAGCCGUGCAGCGCGUGUGGAGGAUGCAGAAGACGACGACUAG